AUGGGGUCAAAGAAUACCAAACUCGUCAUAAAAAUUGAGGAUUGUGAAACUUUCUUCACAUUCUUUCAUCCACUUCGAAUCCCCGAGAAUAAGGAUGACCUAGAUGAUGAUGCUAUAAGUUCUACUUCGUCAUCCCUAUCGGAAUUUUCUUCUUUUGUGCUUAAAGAAAAUCCUCAACUUCCUAAGGUUUUGUUCUCUUUGGGGCUUUUGCUUUCGACACCACUCGAUUGA